AUGAUUUCAACCGCAGAUAUAGCAAAUGCAGGCCAGACUAUACUGAUCGUCAAACUUGUUCUUAUCGGUGAUAGUGGAACCGGAAAAACCACUUUCGUCAAACGUCAUUUGACCGGUGAAUUUGAGAAGAAAUAUAUCGCAACAUUAGGAGUAGAGGUCCACCCUCUCAAUUUUACCACCAACUUGGGACAAAUGCAAUUCGAUAUCUGGGAUACUGCUGGUCAGGAGAAGGCCGGAGAUAUCCGUGACGGAUAUUAUAUCAAUGCACAAUGCGGCAUCAUCAUGUUUGAUGUCACAACGCGUGUCACAUACAAGAACGUGCCAAACUGGCAUCUUAACUUGAUCCGUGUUUGCGGAAACAUUCCGAUCGUCCUUUGCGGAAAUAAGGUCGAUGUGAAGGAGCGCAUGGUUAGGGCCAGGAGCAUCACAUUCCACCGAGAGAAGAACCUCCAGUACUACGAUGUCUCAGCGAAGUCCAACUACAACUUGGAGAAGCCAUUCCUGUGGCUAGCUCGCCACCUCGUAGGCAAUCCAACUCUUGAAUUUGUCACUGCCCCAGCUCUUGGCCCACCAGAGGCCCAAGUCAAUAUGGCCCUUAUCGAGCCCUAUCGACAGAAGAUGCACGACACCGCCCAGGUGCCGCUGCCGGGCGAAGACAAUGCUGACCUAUAG